AAACAUUCAAUUAUAUAAUAAUUCAGAAAGACAGGUGCUUGUUUUAUUAUCAAAUAUGUUAAUAAAAUCGUAAAUUUGACUACGUUUCUGUGACUACGAAACGUUAUAACUGUCAAAGGAAGAGAAUUUAUACAAGAUUUUUUCUAAUAUUUAUACAAGAUAAUUAUUGCUAUAAGAAAACGCUUGGACAACGAGAAUGCCUCUAGGAACCGAUAAGAAUAAUCAUAUGUUGCAAUUGAAGUUCAUGAGAGAGUCUGCCAAGAAGGAAUAUUAUCAUAUGCACGAGUGGCAGAAAGAAUGGCAGUUUCUCAUCGAUGUAUACAGGUGUGUUAGAGUUAGUCUAAUCCUCAUUGACACGAAGAACCGAUAGAUACGUAAAACACGAUUGUCAGAGUUGAUAAUCCUGAGCGGGACAUGUUUUACGAACAAAAAUCCAUGUUUUCUAAUUCCGCGUCAUGAAUUAACACAAGUAUUUGUGUUUCGUUACGAUGUGGAAAUUUUGUUUUUAUUAUAAAGUGCUUCGUUUCAUAAGUCAAAGUAAAAUUUGAUAGAUCUUAAUGCAUCUUGAAUUGUUGCCAAGGUUUUGUCGUCUUUAUAGAAUAUUGAUUUCGAUUUGUCGCAAAUGACAUCGGGGUUUUAUAUUCAGUUGGGGGUUCAUACGAAAGGUUGGGGGCUAUCUAAUGUUCGGGGAAAAUGUCACAGAAUAGUCCGAUAAAAGAAACGCAACGCUUGAGGUACCAAUACAAUAAGCAGGUGGCGAUUGAUAAGGGAUGGGCUCUAAACUGGAGCUGGUAUAUUACGGCCAACAAGUAAUCUUUCUAUCCAUUCUCGGUGUAGAUGAUAUCUUAAUGGAUAAACUUUAAUUAUGAGUUUGAUAUGUUCAUUAGGCAGUUGCAAGACGAGAUUCGGAUGGCGUACGGUACAAAGGCAGAAGUUGACCCGCGCAACCCGAAGCCCUUCCCCGACACUUCGAACAAGGUCUACGGGUGGCUGGUGGCGAGGCCAGACUUCCGGCUGGAAAAGUAUGGACCGGACGUCGAACCGCUACCAGAACUACCGGAUAUUUAUAAAAUUAAAUAAGCGGGAGAUUCAAAUAAAUU